AUGGGAUUUGCAGAAGAGUAUGUAGACAUGGGAGAUCCUCUAUCUCCUGCUCUUUUUAUUCUAGCUGUUGAGGUACUGUCUAUGGCUCUUAUUGCAUUAUUUGAAAAACAGAGUUUUAGAGGAUAUGGUAUGCCAAAGUGGAGUGCAAAGUUGAAUCAUCUGUCUUAUUCAGAAGAUACAAUCAUAUUUGCAUCCGCAGAUAAAGCAUCCUUGGAGAUGAUUAUGUCCAUUUUGCAUGAUUAUGACAAAGAAUCUGGACAAACAAUUAAUGUAGACAAGAGCUUCAACAAAGGUGACUUCCCAUUUACUUAUUUGGGAUGUCCUAUUUCUUAUGCUAGAGGGCAGAAGUUGUUCUAUAAAGAUAUGAUGAAGAAAGUGAAGGACAGGUUGCAGGCUUGGAGAGGAAGAAGCAAGCCCUGGUCAGAAUGGGACAAUGUAUGUUAUCCUAAAAAUGAGGGAGCAUUAGGCUUCAGAUCUCUACAUGAUAUAUCCAAAGCAUUGUUUGCUAAACUUUGGUGGAGAUUCAGGACAAGCAAUACACUGUGGUCCAAUUUCAUGUGGAACAAAUAUUGUAAAAGGUUCAGGCCAACUGUGGUUCAGUGGAAAGGGGGAUCUCAGACUUGGAAGAUGAUGCUGCAAGCUAGAGAUGAAAUGGAACAUGGUAUUUGGUGGGAACCCAAGAGUGGAUCUUCUUCAAUCUGGUUUGAUAAUUGGUCUAAACUAGGUGCUUUGCAUGAUCUGAUACCUAUUCAUUAUCAGAAUGAAAUUUUAGGAGAUGAGCUUGAAGAGUUGAUGAGUGAAAGUCAGUGGAACUAUGCAAAGCUACAAGAGGUGUUACCAGCAAAUAUUGUUGAUCAUGUUAGAAUGGAACUGGGACAUUUUGUGAGAACAAAUGAGAAAGAUAAGCCAUGGUGGAUGUUCACAAACUCUGAUCAAAGGCUUGCCAUACAAAAUCUCCUUUUUCCUAUGGAGAGUUUGGUAUUGGAAGUUACCUAUAGACGAAGUGUUAAUGAGAAUGAGAAUCAGCAUAGUCUCAAGAUGUUGGUGUUGUCAGAAUCAGCAGGAAACCGUGGAUCAUAUUUUCAUUACAGGUCCUUUUGCAACUACAAUAUGGCGAUUCCUGCUUUGGUUGUAUGGCAAAUUUGGAAGAGCAUGAAUACUAGAAGGCAUGGAGGGGCUGUUUCUCAGAACAAGGUCAUACAUGAGAUCAACAGGAACAUAUAUAUGCUAGCAAAGAAGAGAUAUCCUUGGCUGCAGAACAUGCCAAAAUGCUGGCAUAGGAUAGUUGAAUUACUAGAGAACUACAGGCUGCCAUUAAUAUAUAAACAGGUGAAAUGGACUUUUCUAGAUAGAGGAUGCUUUAAAUGCAACACUAAUGGUGCUUCUAAAGGGAAUCCAAGACCAAGUUCAGCAGCCUUUUGUAUUAGAGAUAGUUCAGGAGAGUUUAUCUAUGCUAAGGCAAGGAUAUUAACUGUGACUACUAAUGUAGUUGCUGAAGCUGUGGCCAUUGAAGAGGGAAUCAAGUAUUGUGUUCUACAUGAGUUAUUGCCUACUAUAGUGGAAACAGAUUCCCUUACAAUGCAAAAGGUACAGGAUGGUAUUUGGGAGGCGCCAUGGAACAUUUCUUUGCUAGUGAGGAGUAUACAAAGAUGGAGGAAAGACAAAGAUGUUUCAGUGGUACAUGUGUUCAGAGAAGGAAACAGUGUGGCAAAUUAUUUUACUAACCUAGUUUUUGAUUUUGCAGGUUCAAUUCAAUAA